AUGUUCCAACACACUGAAGCAUCCCAAACUGCUGCCACCACUCCCUCCAUUGCUCUCCCACAUGAAAUAGUCACUAAUGCUGCAGACAUAGUCAUGGCAGAGCUUUUGAUGCUCCAUGACCACAGGAACAAGCAAUACUGGAAAAGAGCUAUGCAUGUCAUUUGGGAACAGUUGACCCAUGUGCACCCUUUGGUUGAGGAACUGCCCUCAAAAUUGACCAUCCCCACCCACAUCAUCCCCUCCAAAAUGAUUAUGAGAGAUCUGGUGGUGCUUACAGCAUUGAAGGAGUGGCCAAACUUUGACAAGUUAGAAAUGCAAUGGAUGCCAAUGUUGUGGACCAUCCAUGGUACCAGAUUGGAAAGCCCAUCAAUAAGGCCAAUCAACCAGUUGCACUGCUCCUACUGGCACUCAGCCCAGAAGUCAACAGCUGCAGAAGCAUACAAGACCUGGAAGUGGUGGGCAGCCACUAGAAGUAUGACACCCACCACUGGCAAGACAACCACCUCAGCUGCUCCAAGCUCCUGCAGGCAAAUUUUCAAUGGAGUGGUCAUUGUCACUCCAUCCUGGCAGCAGUCAGGUCAGCAGAUGUCAAGCCCAGCAUCCCAGGGGGCAGCAACAUCCCAAAGCCAUCUCACUACCCCAUCCCACCCAGUGACCCCUAAUGCCACCCCCAUUGAGCAUAUGGAAGAGGAGAUCACAGCAUUGUGGCAGCAGCAUAUGGAGACAGCACAAGAUCUCCUAGAUACCUGCUGCAAGGUUGCUGAUACCCAGCAGGCCCUUGCAGAUACCCAGACCAAGUUGCAGAUGCUUUGUGAUCUUGUCGAGGCCUUACACUAG